UGUGGACGGAUGCAGCAUCCCAUCGGCUGUAUUUUUUCACUGCCAAGAACGCUCUUGGUUCAAUCUCUCAACGACGGUGUGCGCGCCUUUGAUCUACGCGUAGCAUACAAUCCCGGAAACGAUACGAUCGGAUUUUGGCACGGUACCGCGCUUCUUGGGCCUACUUCAACAUUGCAAGACAUCUUGUUUGGCCUCUACGCGUGGCUGCUGGCGCAUCCCACGGAAACAGUUCUGGUCUCAAUAAACUACGAGGAAGGUUCAAAGACAGUGUACGACAAGAAAUUUGAAGAGCUAUUGUUCGCGACCCUCAAUAACGACGCGGGAAAGAAGUUUUGGUUCAUGCCUGCAGGAAAAGACAAAUUCAAACCACAAGUUCCCCCCAAUUCAGGAGCGGAAACAACGAUAUCUUCAAAAUUCGACGCAGUCGUCAGCCAUCUGAACCGUGCUAUUGAUGGCGUCCCUCAUCAACCAGAUGUCGAAGAGGGACUCUACAUCACGUUUUCCAGCGCGUUUGCCGACUACGAAUCGGAAUCUCCCUUGACACCUAACAUUAUUGCGCUUGGAACAAAGUCCACGUCCGGGAUGAAUGAACGCCUGCAUUCGUGGAUCAGUGAGCGCAAAGGAGUUCGGUUCGGUGUGAUUUUGAUGGACUUUUACCACUCCGAGCCCAAUCUCGUCCGGGAAAUCAUCACCAGGAAUCCAGGUUUCUCUUGA